GACUUCAAACAUACCCGACCGAACCGCAUCCCCGAUCAUCACAAAAUGGCGUCUCGUUUGGCUAGAAGCGCUGCUGGUGCGUCUCGCGUCCCGCUAAUGAUAUUCUGCGAGGUCAAUUGACCUCGUCCCCCGUCACCCGACGAUGAAUGACAGCUAACAGCUUUCACCCUUCAACAGGAGCGAACCUCCUCCGGCCGACCGUAACUCGGCGCACCCUCCCCGCCCUCGCCGCCGUCACCUCCACCCGCAAUGCCUCGAACGUGCCCGCCGAGGACCCCAAGAAGAAGGCCCAGUCCCUGAUCGACGCGCUCCCCGGCAGCUCGCUCCUCUCCAAGUCGGCCAUCCUCUCCUCCGCCGCCGGUCUCAGCGUCUACGGCAUCAGCAACGAGUACUACGUCGUCAACGAGGAGACCGUCGUCGCCUUCUGCCUCCUCGCCGUCUGGGGUGCCCUCAUCAAGUAUGGCGGUCCCGCCUACAAGGAGUGGGCCGACGGCCAGGCCGAGAAGAUGAGGAACUUGCUCAACCAGGCUCGCGCCGACCACGCCAAGGCCGUCCAGGUCCGCAUCGAUGAUGUCAAGCAGAUGCAGGGCGUUGUCGACGUCACCAGGUCUCUGUUCGAGGUUUCGAAGGAAACCGCGCGGCUCGAGGCUGAGGCCUAUGAGCUCGACCAGAAGACCGCCCUCGCUGCCGAGGCCAAGGCCGUCCUCGAUUCGUGGGUGCGGUACGAGGGCCAGGUUAAGCAGCGGCAACAGAGGGAGCUGGCCGAGAGCAUCAUCGCCAAGGUCCAGAAGGAGCUCCAGAGCCCCAAGGCUCUGCAGCAGAUUCUCCAGCAGAGCGUUGCCGACGUCGAGAAGAUCCUUGCCUCCAAGGCCCAAUAGACAGACAGACAAUUCAGCCUCCAAGUCCCGACUUUAGACUUGCAAGAGAGGAAGGUUUCCUUUGUACCGAGGGUAAUUCCCUUCCGUGUUUAUCAACAUCCUGUGCAUUAGCCGAAUCGACAAUCCUGAACAUAAUACUUCGUCUCCUUUGUUGCACAGUGAGAGUGACUAUAUUCAUGUUGGGUAGACUUAACCGUCUCGCUAUUUCGAGUUGUCUCCGCACAUGAUUCCCUGUCCCCAGUGCUCUGUUGCGAUUGUAAAUUGUGUCAGGUGGGGAGACGGCAGUGGUUUCAGUCAACAUGCAGCACUGGGGUUGUGGUGUGAGAAAGUGAAUUUAGUACCACGGGAAGCUAUGGGAAGCCAUCGUCCUCAUAUCCGAAAUGUCGUUUCGACACUCGUAGAAUAGAACGUUCCUCGGGACAGAAUCAAGUUUCAAAUACACUCUGCACGAGAACAGAACA